UCACUCCCAAAUUCACGUUGUGUGCAGUAUAUAUAUUUCCAUUAAUGGACUCUUCAUUUGCGCGAUCGAUUUUCCCUCUCUUUCACACACACCACACACUUCCACAAUUUCAUGCAUAGUUUUGUUUCCAAUUCAAGCGUAAUCAAUGUAGAGAAGAUCUUUGGCAGAACUUUUUCAAAGCUGUGUGCAAAUCCGUGAUUUUAUAUGGAGCGCUUCUGGAAUCUUCAAUUUCGUCGCUGUAUUUGAAUGAGAAAAAAUAGCCUUUGUUUUGCCGCAUUAACGCUUCUCCGCUGUUCAGCUGUUUUUUGGCGCCGAUUCGCCCCGUUCUGAGAGGAUACGUAGCUUGAAAAAACGGAAUUUGUGUUCGCGUUUGGAAUUCGAAAGCUGACAUCGUUCGCGAGCGGAGUUCGGAGUUCAAUAUUGAUACAAGUUUUUUUUUGUCUCGAACUCCGCAGGAAGCAAUGGGGACUGAUUUGAGAUCUGUGGUGGAGACGGCGGGAAGUCUAUCAACCUCUGACCACAAAUCAGUGUUCUCGAUCACCUUGUUUGUCACGCUCCUCUGCGCGUGUAUUGUGAUCGGUCAUCUAUUGGAGGAAAGUCGUUGGAUAAAUGAAUCAAUCACUGCCCUUAUAAUUGGUUUGGGGACUGGAGUUGUGAUUUUACUUCUAAGUGGAGGGAAAAACACACACCUUUUUGUGUUCAGCGAAGAUCUUUUCUUCAUUUAUCUCCUUCCUCCAAUCAUCUUCAAUGCUGGGUUCCAGGUUAAGAAGAAACAAUUCUUCCGCAAUUUUGCGACGAUAAUGAUGUUUGGAGCAAUUGGUACACUGGUAUCUUUUACAAUCAUAUCAUUAGGUGCUAUUGCCACCAUUGGGGAAAUGGAUCUUGGUCUUGAUAUUGGGGAUUAUCUUGCAAUUGGAGCUAUUUUUGCUGCAACAGAUUCUGUUUGUACAUUGCAGGUGCUAUGUCAGGAUGAGACUCCACUACUUUACAGUCUAGUGUUUGGAGAAGGCGUUGUAAAUGAUGCAACAUCGGUCGUGCUUUUCAAUGCAAUCCAGGAUUUUGACCUUACUCGUAUCAAUUCAACCAUAGCUUUGCAGCUGAUUGGAAAUUUUAUUUAUUUAUUCAUCUCAAGCACUGUGUUGGGAGUUUUCCUUGGACUGCUCAGCGCAUAUAUCAUAAAGAAGCUUUAUUUUGGAAGGCACUCAACUGAUCGUGAGGUUGCGAUCAUGAUGCUCAUGGCUUACCUAUCAUACAUGUCGGCAGAAUUAUUCUAUUUAAGCGGGAUCCUCACCGUCUUCUUUUGUGGGAUUGUAAUGUCACAUUACACCUGGCAUAAUGUGACUCAGAACUCGAGAGUUACAACCAAACACACCUUUGCAACAAUGUCAUUUGUUGCUGAGACAUUCAUAUUUCUGUAUGUUGGCAUAGAUACUCUGGACAUCGAGAAGUGGAGGGUUGUAAGUGACAGCCCAAGAACCUCAGUCAAAGUCAGUGCAAUUAUACUUGGUCUGAUCUUGGUUGGAAGAGCAGCCUUUGUUUUUCCUUUGUCAUAUUUGUCCAACUUCAAGAAGUCGGAACGUGAGAAAAUCGGCUUUCAUCAGCAAAUUACCAUAUGGUGGGCUGGACUUAUGCGAGGUGCUGUAUCUAUGGCUCUUGCUUACAACCAGUUUACGAGGGAAGGCCACACCCAGUUACGCGGCAAUGCCAUCAUGAUCACCAGCACCAUAACGGUCGUGCUCUUCAGCACCGUGGUUUGCGGGUUGAUCACAAAACCGCUGGUGAGAUUCUUGAUGCCGUCAUCAAAAGAUCUCAGCAGAUUAAUGUCUUCAGAGCCUGGCACGCCCAAGUCCUUCACCGUGCCGCUUCUUGCCAGUCAGGAUUCGGAUUCCGAGCUCUUCAACACAACCGGGCACGUGACUGGGGCUGAUGGAGUCCAGCAGCCUGCAGUCCGCCCGAGCGGCCUGCGCAUGCUUCUCACGACACCCACUCGCACCGUCCACUACUACUGGAGGAAAUUCGACGACGCCUUCAUGCGCCCCGUCUUUGGUGGCCGCGGCUUCGUCCCCUACGUGCCGGGCUCCCCGACCGAACAAAGCGUACAUCAGUGGCCUGCAGUAGAAGCCAAGUAAUCAUGACUUCCAAAAUUCAAGUUUUCUGAUUUCCUUGUUUUCAUUAUUAAGCUUUAUAGUAUAUAUUUGGCCUCUAGAUUAGUGUAGAAUUCAAUCAGAGAGAGAGUGGUUUUCAAAUUGUCUGGUUUUACAUAAACACCAGAUUUUGGUGUGUAUUUUUUAUUAGCAAGGCUCUGUGUAUUUGGUCUUGCUAUUUAACUAGCUAUGUAUAGCAUGUUGUAAUUGUUGUUAUUUGUAUAUUGUAACUUCUCCGGAAUAAUGAUGGAAGCUUAAAUUAUGUCAGUUAA